AUGACUGGAAAUAAGGGAGCUUACCAGUCCUCCCAGAAAGCUGCGUCCUUUGAGGUCAGAGAUGGCCCUCGACCUCGCCCUGGCACAGGUCAAGUCAUUAUCCGCAACCGCGCCGUUGCCCUCAAUCUUAUCGACACAUGGAUUCAGUCCCGCGGCAACAUGUACACAUGGCUGACAUUCUUAUUUGUGCUCGGUUAA